AUGGGUGCUUCCGAAAAGACAUCGAUAUGGCAUGCCUUCUCAUCCCAUCGGAAAGAGCGCAAAGAGUACAAAGAAGGGACAACCACAAAAACCACACCAACGAAUUAUCCAUGGUCCCGAGGCCGCACCACUAGCUCCAAGACAUCAAAUGUCCCAUCAGACCUUCCGCCACCGUACGAAGAAGCCCAAGUCCCAACAAUCAAAAUUAGCGCCCCCGAAGAACUAGGGUCCGAUUCCCAGUACGCCUUCCUUGGCGAAUUCCACACCAUCUUCCUGGUAGACGACAGCUCAAGUAUGAGAGGCGAACUUUGGCAAGAAGCCAAAGAAGCCAUCGCAGCGAUCGCGCCAGUCUGCACAAAAUAUGACAGCGAUGGAAUCGACAUCUACUUCAUCAACCACCGACCAAAGUCCAACACCAACAUCAACACCAACUGCAGUUCCAACUACAACUACAACUCCAGCCGACGCUCAAAACACAACGCCGGCGGAUACCACAACAUCAAAACCGCACAGCGCGUAAACGAGAUCUUCACCUCUGUCAGACCCUCUGGUGGAACAGGAGUCGGCGGCCGACUACAUGAUAUCCUGGACCCGUACACGAAGUUGGUGGAAGCGAAGGAGACAGAGAGACGAGCGCAGAGGGACGCAUCUGGCUCGGGCUUUUUGGCUAAGCCGGUAGACCCGGAGGCGGUUAAGUCGGUUAAACCGAUUAAUAUCAUCACGAUUACGGACGGGGUGUUUACGGAUGAUGCGGAGAGUAUUAUUAUCAAGACGGCGCAGAUGCUGGAUGGGCCUUCUUGUCGUGCUAUUCCGUGGCAGGUUGGGAUUCAGUUCUUUCAGAUUGGGAAUGAUGAGAUGGCUCGGCAGUACUUGGAGGAGUUGGAUGAGGAUCUUGGGAGCCGGUGUAAUAAUUUGCACAUGAGGGAUAUUGUUGAUACUGUUUCUUGGAGGAAUCGGGCUGGGAGGAGGUUGGAAGGGGAUGGGAUUUUGAAGACUGUGCUUGGGGCUGUUCAUAAGAGGUUGGAUAGGAAGAAGGUUAGAUAG